GUGUAUUUAUUGAGUGAAGAAAACAAGAUUUCCAGUUUAAAAUAUGAGUUCGGAGGAUAAAGAUGCAAAAGGCAAAAAGAGUGCUAAGGGCAAGGGUAAAAAGGGCAAGAAAACGGAUCCCAAUAAAUUGAACCAAGUGGACAAGACUUUCUAUGAGCUGACAAUAACUGAUUUGAACCAAAAAUUGGCUCGUUUAAGAAGUCAUUUGGCCUCUUUGGAUGACACUAAUAAUAAUUUGAAGGAGAAACUUAGAAGCCUGGAGGAAGACCGCACCGAUGUGGCAGCCCAUUUGGAGAAGACCUUGGCAGAACGUAAUGACACCAUUAAAGAGCUAGAGGAACGCCUAGUAGAAAUCACCAAAGUGCGUAAUAAUGAGAAAACCCAAGCCGAGGAACAUAUUAAAGAUCUGGAGAACAAAUUCAAAUCCAUGCAUGACCAACUGACCUCAGAAAUCAAGCUGCUUAAUGGUAAACUGAACUCCUUAGAUGAAUUUCGCAUACAGCGUGAUGUUUUGCUGGCCAAAUUUGACGACCAAGAAGCAGAGCUCAAGGAAAAGGAUCGGGCCCAUCAAGAGGCCGUCUAUAAUAUGGAGCAAAAGGCUGUCGUUGAAAAGGAUGCCCUCAAAAAGGAAGUAGAAGCCAAACUAUUGCAGGUUUCCGAAGACUUUACACGCUCCAGUGAGAUACGCAAUGCCGGCUACACCCGUCGCUUAAUUAGAGAAAAUAUUGCUCUGCAAAAGGAAAUAGAUAUCUUGGUAUUGUCCCAAAUCAAAAUGCAGCAGGAUUUCAAGCAACAUGUGCAAAAGAACAAGGAAAUGGCAGAGCAAUAUGCCGCCUUGGAUCAAUUGAAAAAUCAAUUAAUAAAAAGUUCUCAAAACAAAAUAAACAUCAUAGAGAAACUCACAAUUAAUUAUGAACGUUUAAAGACCAAAUACACCGAAGUGAUUAAGUUUAAGGCUCUGUAUGAAAACAUCAUGAAAAAAGAUGUCUGUGAUCAAUUCACUUACAAUGAGACCACCAAGAAGCUGAGGGUACUGGGCCAACAUGUAGAGGCUUUGAAAUUGGAAAAGAAUCGUUUAAUGGCUUUGCAGGAGCAACAGGAGUUGGAAAUCAUGAGCCUUACCGGAGUGAUACAACAAAUCAAACUAACUGUACAAAUAGCCAUUCAAGCCAUAGCAGAGGAAAAUCUAACAGCUUCUCAAGAAAUAACUGACAAUGAUGAAUCGGCUUUAAGGAAGCUCAAGCGUCACAAUCUACUUUCGGAGCUAAUGGAUCUAGUUAGCAGUCAUUCCGAACGUUUGCCGGAAACACCAUCCAUACAAACCAUUUCACGUUCCCGUUCAUCCCUCUACCGUCCCGGAAAAAUGGGUUUUUUGCCACGCAGUCCCUCUUCUCUCAUGGAAAUCUUUAAACGAGAAGCUCAAAAACUUACCUCCACUGAGGUUGUAGCUCCUGAAUUUCAAGCCGAACAAAAGGACUCUCAAAUUAUACCCAAAGAACGUAUCAGUGAGGCGGGUUCUAUAGUGGAUGUGGAAAUGGGCUCCACCCUUAUUGUAUCCUCUUCUCAUGAGGAAUUGGAAGUGGUACAACCGGAAGAGGAGCCGGAGGAUUUAGGCGAAGAGGGCUCGAGUAGUGAUUUUGCUUCCGCGCCAGCUAACACCACUGACCAUUUGGCUACUACAACUAUUGAUGAUUCGCAUAAAAGUGUUUCGACUAAACGAGAAGGAGAUGAUGCUUCUGAUCUUCCAGCUGAAGUGGUUAAAAGGGGUCAGGAACCAGAUACUAUGUCGAGAAGUUCCCGAGUAUCACGCAUGUCCAGAAUGAAAAGCUUGCCAGCCAUUGACACGGAUGAAUAUUCAAUAAAUGUUUUGUAUUAA